CUGAGUGUUGACUCGGGAAAACAAAAAAGAAAUGAAGAAAGGAUUAAAGAGAAGAAGACGUUUAGGAAGAGCUUAAAGCAGCUGUGUCAACCAAAACCAAAAAUCGCCUUUCUCCCGCGGCGGUUUUCCGGUCACAAUCUCUCUCUCUCUCGCGGCGGCGACGGCGGCGAAUAGAAUAAUCCCAUGAUGUUGAAGCUUUGGAGAUGGUACCAGCGAUGCUUGACGGUUCAUCCAUUGAAAACUCAGGUCAUCAGCUCCGGCUUUCUUUGGGGAUUUGGCGAUGUCACCGCUCAAUACAUCACUCAUUCCACUGCGAAACCUCGUCUUCUUCGUCUCACCGACACGAAGAAAGAUAGAGACUCAGAUGCAGAAUUCAAGGUCAACUGGAAGCGAGUAGCUAUCACAAGCAUGUUUGGACUUGGUUUUGUCGGACCUGUUGGCCACUUCUGGUACGAAGGCCUUGAUAAAUUCAUAAAACUGAAGCUUCGAUAUGCACCAAAGACAACGCGUUUCGUGGCAGCCAAAGUUGCAAUGGACGGUAUUAUCUUUGGCCCCAUAGAUCUAUUGGUGUUCUUCACAUACAUGGGAUUCGCCACAGGCAAGAACACAUCUGAAGUGAAAGAAGGAAUCAAGAGGGAUUUUCUUCCGGCUCUAGCUCUUGAAGGCGGAGCAUGGCCGCUUCUGCAGAUCGCAAACUUCAGAUACGUUCCCGUGCAAUACCAGCUGCUUUACGUCAACAUCUUUUGCCUAAUAGACAGUGCUUUUCUCUCAUGGGUCGAACAACAGAAGGACGCAGCUUGGAAACAAUGGUUUACUACUUCGUUUCAAACGCUGAAAGAACGAGGCGGCACAGGCGGAGUAUGAUCGUUUUUCUUCCUUUCUCAUAAAACUUUGGAUGUAAAACAACAAAAGAGUGUAAUUGGCGAUUUUCAUUUCUACAAACGAAUGUUGCCUAGGAUACAGAUUCUUAAUCAAAUAUUAUUCCGUUUUCACAA